UCCAGCACGCAGCAUCAUCCUUUCUUGAUCUUCCAACUCCUGGAAAAAUGACCUGGGAUUAUUUUGGAUUUAACAGCAUCACAAGAAAUGCAAGAAAUGGAACUGAUAAGAUUGCAAUUAACAAUCCAGCAGACAUAUCUGUUAUUGUUAUUUACUUUUUGGUUGUCCUGGCUGUGGGAUUAGGGGCUAUGGUCCGCACCAACCGAGCCACAGUGGGUGGAUUUUUCCUUGCAGGAAGGAGUAUGGUAUGGUUGCCGAUCGGAGCGUCCCUGUUUGCCAGCAACAUUGGCAGCGUCCACUUUGUAGGGCUUGCUGGAACUGCUGCAGCUUCUGGGAUAGCUAUUGCUGGGUUUGAAUGGAAUGCACUAAUUCUUGUUGUUGUUUUGGGAUGGGUUUUUGUACCAAUCUACAUAAAGGCAGGGGUGAUAACCAUGCCUGAGUAUCUGAAGAAGAGGUUUGGAGGACAGCGUAUUCGCAUCUAUCACUCUGUGUUGUCCCUCCUCCUCUAUGCCUUCACUCAGAUCUCUGCCGACAUUUUCUCCGGCGCCAUUUUCAUCCAACAGGCUCUUGGGUGGAACAUCUAUGUUGCCGUUAUUGCUCUUUUGGCAGUCACUGCAUUGUAUACUGUCACAGGUGGACUGGCGGCAGUGAUAUACACAGACACUUUACAGACAGUCAUAAUGGGUACUGGAUCCUUUGUUCUCAUGGGUUUUGCUUUUAAUGAAGUGGGCGGCUAUGAAAGGUUCCAGGAACUUUACUGGACUGCGAUCCCUUCAGUCACUGGGAAUAUCAGCGCAGAGUGCUACACGCCUCGGAAAGACUCCUUCCAUCUUUUUGGAGAUCCAAUAACUGGAGACAUGCCAUGGCCUGGCCUGGUGUUUGGACUCACAAUCCAGGCCACGUGGUUCUGGUGCACUGAUCAGGUGAUUGUGCAGCGCUGCCUAUCAGCCAAGAAUCUCUCUCAUGUUAAAGCAGGUUGCAUCUUAUGCGGGUACCUGAAGAUACUGCCCAUGUUUCUUAUGGUUCUUCCUGGGAUGAUAAGUAGGAUCCUCUAUCCAGACAUAGUGGCAUGUGUGGACCCAGAUGAAUGUAAAAAGUACUGUGGGACUAGUGUUGGAUGCACCAACAUUGCCUAUCCCAAAAUGGUGGUGGACCUCAUGCCCAAUGGUUUGAGGGGUUUGAUGCUGUCAGUGAUGCUGGCCUCUUUAAUGAGCUCCCUUACCUCAAUAUUCAACAGUGUUAGCACUCUUUUCACCAUGGACAUCUACACUAAGGUUCGUCCCACUGCCAAAGAGAGGGAACUGAUGAUCGCUGGCAGGGUGUUUAUCCUCAUAUUAAUUGCUAUAAGCAUUGCCUGGAUUCCUAUGGUGCAGUCAGCCCAGAGUGGACAGCUGUUUGACUACAUCCAGUCGAUCAUCAGCUAUCUGGCUCCACCCAUUGCAGCUGUCUUUUUUCUUGCACUUUUUUACAAACGUGUCAACGAGCCUGGUGCCUUUUAUGGACUUACCGUUGGCCUGGUAAUAGGACUAUCCAGGAUGAUUACAGAGUUCAUCUAUGGCACAGGAAACUGUGUCAGUCCAAGCAACUGUCCCACAAUUAUAUGCGGCGUACACUACCUGUACUUCGGGAUGAUCCUCUUUACUGUGUCCUGUAUAGUCAUAAUCGGAGUGUCUCUGUUGACCAAACCCAUUCCGGACAAGCAUCUGUAUCGAUUAUGUUGGAGCCUGAGGGACAGUACGGAGGAAAGAGAAGACAUUGAACCAGACGACUGGAUUAAUGAUGAGGAGGAUGAAGAAAACGAAGAUGAACCUGAGGAGGAACCUGGCCUCUGCAAAAAAGCCAUCAUGUGUUUUUGCGGACUGGAGCGGAAAAAAGCCAUAAAACUGACUCCAGAGGAGCAAGCAGCACUUAAAAAGAAGCUCACUGAUACAACAGAAGACCCAUUUUGGAGGAAUAUUGUUAAUGUUAACGCCGUCAUUCUAUUAUGUGUUGCUGUGUUCUUUCAUGGAUACUAUGGUUAGACAAAUUUAGCAUUAAUUAUUCAUAUAAAAGGUCUUUUCGUUGACUCAGAGGGUUAAAUAUACAUACAAAUGAGUACACGCUGUCAUUUGCUUUGCUUGUUACUCAGUAUUUUUUCCUGUUUUAUGCAAUUUUGAAGCGUGUUUCUUUCAGAGCCUUUUACUUUCAAGAUAUUUGAUUUGAGUAGAAUAGAAUAGAGUAGACUAAAAUAGAGUAGAACAGAAAAGAAAAGAAUAAAAUAGAAUUAUAUUGGUAUUAUUCAAAGUCUUUUUUGUCAAUGGAUAGGUAAGCUUCCUGGCAUGAAAGACAAAUAAACAAAGUAUUAAAAUGGACCAAGCACAAAAGGAACAUUGAGAAAUAAAACAACCAAUGAAAACAGUAUUUGGUAAAUUCUGGUUGCAGGAGCUAACAAGUACAAUAUGCUAUGACAUACAAACUUAUCUCAUCAAAAAGAUGAAUCAUCAACCCCCUGACAUCACAGUUUAACUGUGUAAAGGUUUCUCAAUGAAAUAAGACAUUUCCAUUUUCUUUUGUUGCACAUCUUAGAAAUAUAGCUUCCGGUUAGCUCCACUUUAUUUGAUAUAAACGACAGAUUGAAAUUGAUCAAAUUCACAGUAACAACAUAUUGAUUCAUGAAUUAGAUUUAUGGUGACACACAGAGGUGCUUCUUUCAAUUGUGAUUUUUUUUUUAAGAAUUGUUGCUAUAAAUACUUGGAUAAAUGGUAUUGUUUUUUUGGAAAUAAUAAGCUUUGGUUUAUGUUCCCUUAUGUCAAUGAUACUAGCACACAUCCUGUCAUUAAAUGUUUUGCUUUUAUGCAUUGAUAGUGUUCCUUUUCCUGUGGGGAGUUGUAUUUUAUCAUGUCUUUCCAAUCUCUGGCAGCUGCAAAUCACUUUAUAUGUAAUAAAAGGAUCAUA